UCGGCAGUCACGUGUUGCCUUUGACAGACACACACAAACUACUUAUACUUGGUACUUCACAAAGGAAUUCCCGGAGUAGCAAGAAAAUCAGUGGAAAUGAAAUAUCCAGCAAACGCGCCUUUCUGUCUAUGAAGUGUAGAGUCGGGGACGAGUUUAUAAAAUCGCCCUCGUGUAUCUAAAGUAGUUUAUUCAAACGGGAAUUCGCAAAUGUUGCCAGCUUCCUUUGUUAAAAACUAGAUCUAAGAUUAUAUUUGUCCCUAAGAUACGUCAAAGCCGCGUACGAUCUGCAGCAAUGUUGGACUGGAAGUUACAUCUGUCGCAAACCUCGUGUUUCUUGCAUGACUGGCUCCCGGGUUUUGAAUGAGUGAGUAACCCCGUGCUCGCCACGCCGAAACGCGGGGACACGUUGUUGAGGCUGUCGCUCGAAAGUGGACGCGAACAAACCGGAGAGGAAGACUGAGAAAGUCCGGUCGGGAUCUUCGUCGCACCGGCUGUCACUCCCCCUCCGUUGUUUUAUUACCUCAUACCGUGAGAGGCGUGGAAAGGCACCGACAGACCGCCCUCUAUGCUCCGUGAGAACUGGAAAGCACAAAACAUUGUCUCCCAAACACGUCGGCUUGCCGCCUGCCCCCUUUAGGGCUUUUUUCUAUUCUUGUUUCUUUUUCCGGUGGGGGAAAACAGCUGCGUUUUUUGACGUUUUUCCUCCUUUUUCCGCGUCCCUGGGAUCCUAUGGUUUUUUUAUUUGGGUGUUUUUAUUUUGGGAAGGAUGGGGGGGGUCUUAUGUGAGGCUGGGAGCUCCUGUGUUCGGGAUGAGGCCUAACUAGUGCCGUUUGCCCCACUUAGUUGUAUUUCAAGGGGGGAGGAAAAUGAAAGUCCCGGUACCAAUGGGCAAACGAUCGCGGAACCUUGAUGGUCUAUUAUUUUGACAGGGAAUUAUUUUCCCCUGUUGUCUGUGUGUGUUUUUCUUUUUCUUUAAGGUAUUAGGCUGUUUACAGUCGCUGGUUAGCCUCCUGGCUAACUAGGCACACUCCGUUUCCGAUUAAAAUGGAGACAGGAAUCCAGCAGCACACAGAGCAGUUUGUCCAUGACAUCUCUAACCCGGGAGCUCCGGGUUUAUGCCCAGAAAUGCUGGAGGUGGCAGAGGAAGCCUGUCGAGCCGGAGAUUUCGACCUGGCAGCAGAAAUCUACGGUUCUCAGCUGGCCGAUCUUCAGCAGCCCGAUCGGGGGCUUUGUCUCCGAAGAGCGGACUCUUUGGUCCGAGCAGGACGGAUAGCCGAGGCUCUCGACUCCUACUGCACCGCUGCUAAUUUGAAGAAACUCCGGCCGGAGGAAUUAGGACUUCUGGUAGAAAAUAUCGCCCGGACCCUGCGGGAGAAAGAGCUCCCUGCUUGGGGGAAGGAGAGCAGUCAUCAAAGCGAACCGUCUAAAAACCCACAGAAGCCUGAGACCAAAGCAAGCUCCAAAUCUUCCGGGAACGGGGGCACCGAGUGUGGCGGAGAAGCGCCAGAGGACGAGCAACCUCUGGACCUGUUUUCCUGUCACAUUUGCAAAUUGUUGCUGUCCGAACCCACAACCUUACUGUGCGGGCACACUUUCUGUAAGCGAUGCUUGGAGGACGACGGCGUCAGUGAGUGCAAAAGCUGCAGGUACAAACUGAACAAAAAGGACGCACAGAUCCAGCCCGUUGGCUUCAGGGUUAACGUGAUUCUCAGCAGCCUGCUGGAGAAGUGGUUCGACUCGGAAAGUAAAGCCCGGCGAUACUGGCUAGAGGGGGAAGCUAUGUGGAGGGAAAUGAGCUUAAAGGACGCGAUGGACAAGUACAACAAGGCUGUAGAAUUAACACCAACUGAUGUCAUACUUCUUGGUCAGCGUGCCGAGCUCCAUAUGGAGAUGCAGAACUUCACUCAGGCGCUCAAGGAUGGCGACGCCAUGUGCCGACUCCACCCUCACCUGGCCAAGGCUCACAGCAUGAAGGCUGCGGCGCUGAGCAAGGCGGGGCGCCAUGAGGAGGCCCUGCAGGAGUACCUGCUCUGCACUGCGCUCAAGCCCCACUGCAUCUCCGUCAAGAUGGAAGCACAGAAGAUCCUCAGUGAGAUGUUCUCCUCCGUGUUCGAGAGCGAUGGCCUGCCCACACCGCUGCGGCCUCACCAGCCGGCCCGACUCAAGCCGCCACCCCUACUUUUCCUGGGCUCUGCCCAGCGCCUCCUCUGCAGUGAGAGCCAGGAGGCAGGCUCCUCAAAGGACCCCCCGUUCCUGCGGGGCGACAGCCCCAUCAAGGUGCCCUUACAGCCAUCACCAGGCAAGCAUGAUACCCUGACCUCUGUGCUCUCAGACCUCAAGAGGAAGGGGCCCAGCGACACUUCUGGCUUUGCCCCCCCCUGCAAGGUCCUCAGACAAGAAGCCCCCUGCUCCUCUCAGAAUGCCCCCGCCCCCCCGCGGUGCAGAACGGUGCCCCCACAGCUGCUGGAAAGUGCAGAUAUGGAGUGUUCCCUCUGUAUGAGGCUGUUUUAUGAGCCAGUCGCCACGCCCUGCGGUCACACCUUCUGCCUCAAGUGCCUGGAACGGUGCCUGGACCACAAUCCAAACUGCCCACUGUGCAAAGAGAACCUAUCAGAGUACCUGGCCACCAGGGGGUACAAAAAGACCCUGCUGAUGGAAGAGGUGCUGCGGCGUUACCUGUCAGAGGAGCUGGCUGAGAGGAAGAAGAUCCACGAGGAGGAGCUGAAGGAGCUGUCAAACUUAAACCAGGAAGUGCCCAUCUUUGUGUGUACCAUGGCAUUUCCCACAAUCCCCUGCCCGCUGCACGUCUUCGAGCCACGCUACCGACUCAUGAUUCGCAGAUCCAUGGAGACAGGAACCCGGCAGUUUGGCAUGUGCAUCGCUGACGAGCUGAAGGGGUUUGCAGACUACGGCUGCAUGCUGGAGGUGAGGAACGUGAAGUUCUUCCCUGAUGGACGGUCGGUCGUGGACACCAUCGGAGUAGCACGCUUCAAAGUGCUGAGUCACGGCCAGAGGGAUGGCUACAACACGGCCAAGAUCGAGUACCUGGAGGACCGCAAGGUGUUUGGGGAGGAGCUGGCUGAGCUGCUAAGGCUUCAUGAUUCUGUGUACGAGAGCGCCACCAGCUGGUUCACCUCGCUCAAGGACACCAUGCGGAACCAGAUCCUCAGCCAUUUUGGCAAUUUGCCAGCACGGGACCCCGACCCUCAGGGUUGCCCUCACGGUCCGGCUUGGUGCUGGUGGUUGCUGGCGGUCCUGCCUCUGGAGAAUCGGGCCCAGCUCAGCAUCCUGGCCAUGACCUCGCUGAAGGACCGGCUGCUCGCCAUCCGACGUGUCCUCAUCUACGUGACCCGCAAAAGGGCACGGUGACGUCCCUGCCUGGCCCCGCCCCUAAGGGGCAGGGGUCACGCUGAUACGGAUUCCCAAAGAUUAAGGGGGUCAGCCUGGGCUGUCUGAUAUGCCUCAUACUAGCGCUCGCGUCCCACAUGGGCUUAACUCUUAACCCUCUGCACUGCAAUUUGAGCCCCCCCACCACAGAUCCAUCCGAUUAACCCCCUCCCCCAGUCUCUGCUCUUUUACUCUCAGGUCUGGGCUGUAUUCUGGGUUCUGACUGAUCCAUUUUUUUUUCUAUGUCGUACAUUUUGAAGAGAAAGAAACCAAAUAAUUAGUCAAACCUGAAAAGUAACUAGAAUGUAGGCUUUUUGUUUUUGUGCUGCUAUUCUGACUGCGGAAUCCUAAAAGAGAGAACACGUGAGCCCUGAAAAAUAUGAAUUGUUGAACGUCUGGUCUGUUACUUGGGGCUCCACUCGUUUCGUCUGAGAUUUGGAGGUGUUUGUGACUUUUUGAAAGUGUUACCAUUUUUGUGAUUGUGCGAUUUUAUGUUCUGCCAUUGUUGCACAAUGUUGUAUUUGAGUCUCUAAAAAUGAAGUUGAACUGCAGUAGGCAGGGCUUUUGCAUCACUCACAGAUCUGGACCAAUUAGCUUGGACCAGAAAGCAGUCGACCAACCUGAAUGGCUGACCCAGCAAUGUCUGGUCAUGGCGGCCUGGUGCUGGAGCACCACUGAGACACCAGUGCUGUACACGUGUAAAUGUAGCACCCUUCACCUCAAGUUUACAUGCAAAGGCUGCUGCCGUUACGGUCCGAGGCUGUCUACGUUUUCGUAGACGUUAGAGGAAUGCACUGCUCGACUGGGUUUGAGGCUUUGAGGGAUUGAAGAUACGGGUGUGGUUGCCAGACUGCACCACGCCAAACUGCAGUGGCUGGCCUAACACUCUGUGGUUAAGCCAAACUCUUCCAUCAGGCUGCAUGCAGUCUGCUUUUGGAGUGUGUUUUGUGUCCUGUGUUUAAUCUUGUUAUAAUUGUUGUCUUUUUUUUUUUUUUUUGGAAAUGUGUAUCACUGGGUGUGUAUUUUGUACGGUUGUGUUUACCUUUUUUAUUCGGAGUCUCUGAAUCUCCUCAGAGCUGGUGUGCUGUGGCUCUGUCAAUGACAGCGUUAGUGCCGUCCCUGCUGUUUACGCUGGAGCUCGCUCUUAGACCAGGGGGAUGGUGGUGGCUGAGGUCAGACUUGUACCCCUUACUGUGAAGCCUCUUUGGUUGUUUUUUGGUAGAUGCAGGUACCUCCUGGCUGCCUUCAAACUUGCCAAGUGAGCGUCUUUUGUGAAAUUCUCCUGGGUGGGACGCGGGGGGGGAUUGUUACCGACUGAAUACUUGGCGGUCAAGGGAACUGUGCUGAAAUAGGUGGUUGUUGACUGUUUUGAAAGCACCUCCCUCGGUUUGGUAGUACGGGUUUAUUUUUGGACCUGGAUUCCUUUAAGUUUUGAGUAGCUUACUGGUAAUUGGCUUUUAAGCUUGAAUUUGCAUUGAUCCAGACCAGCCUCAAGUAUGACUUUAUAAUUUUGAAUGAUCCAGUCAAAAUGGUACACAGAUAAUUAGUUUGCAGUUAGCUUUGAUAAAUUACUGCAGUUUUGUGUUUUUAUUAUUAUUUAUUUAUUUUUUUCAAUGUCUGUACAUGUACUUGACAUUGUUGGUUUUUGUCUCAUUGACCCAAGUGGAUAAUUUUACCAUAAUUGUUUCUGGAACAAUGUACAAUUUGAGGCCUUUACAUGUUUUCUGUAAAAUAGUCUUGUUACACAUUUUAUUUCUAACCUCUGCGUUUGCCAUUUCCUAUGUAUAUCACACAAAAUGCUGCAUUUAUCGUAGUAUUUGUACAGUAAAAAGAUUUAAUUUAUUUUGUAUUUCAAUAAAACACCUGAGAUAUGA